UCUUGUAUUUCACUCUCUCCUUUUUGUAAGACUGCACAAAAUAAAUGAUUUAUUAGUUCAUUAUUUUUUUUAAGUUCCGAGACCAGUAGAAUGGCUGAACGUUUGAGUGUGGAAUUUGAUUGAUUUGUCAGCGCACCAAUAGAAAUGCGCCAUGUAAUGAGCGCAGCCAAUGGGAAGCGCUCAGUGGAUUGUGCUAGAAAUACGAUGGCUGCCGCCUUACAUUAUCGCUGAAGACACAUAGGGGAGAGAGUGAAUGUGUGGGGAAAAAUGGCUAAAGUUAUGCUGACACUUUGUAUGAUAUUCGUUGCGUCUUUAAAAUCUUCCUUGUCUGAUGAUGGCCAUGAAAUGGAGGAGUUUCUAAAGAGAGAAUAUUCGUUGUCGAAGCCAUACCAAGGAAUCGGCUCUUCCGGAUCUUCCCACUGGGAGCUGAUGGGUGAUGCCAUGGUAACCACCGAUCAGGUGCGCCUCACUCCGGAUAUGCAAAGCAAGCAGGGGGCAGUGUGGAGCCGCAUGCCGUGUCACUUGAAAGACUGGGAACUGCAGGUGCACUUUAAGAUCCAUGGUCACGGGAAGAAGAACCUGAAUGGAGACGGCCUGGCGGUGUGGUACACAAAAGAGCGGAUGCAGAAAGGCCCAGUGUUUGGAAAUAAAGAUUUCUUUACAGGGUUAGGUCUGUUCGUAGAUACUUACCCUAACGAGGAAAAACAUAUAGAGGCUCAGAAGAAAAGGUACACCCCUCGCACACAGAGGAUCUUCCCAUACGUAUUAGCCAUGGUGGGGAACGGCACGAUCAGCUACGAUCACGAGCGUGACGGCAGACCCACGGAGCUGGGCGGCUGCAACGCCAUGGUGCGCAACCUCAAACACGACACCUUCCUCUUCAUCAGAUACGUCCGGCGCAGACUCACGGUCAUGAUCGAUAUCGACGGUCAGCACGAAUGGAGGGACUGCCUGGACAUACCGGGGGUGCGGCUACCUCAGGGCUACUACUUCGGCGCCUCGGCCAUCACCGGAGACCUCUCGGACAACCAUGAUCUCAUCUCUCUGAAGCUGUACCAGCUGACAGUACUCCGGAGUAAACUAGAGGAAGAAGACGAUGAAGAAGAGAUCACAGUUCCAAGUGUGGACAAUAUGGAGCUAAUCAGGAGCUACGAGGAAGGCGAAGGAAUGAGCAGUAUCGCUAUCUUCUUCACCGUGCUCUUCUCCAUGCUGGGCCUCUUCCUUCUUAUUGUUGUGAGCAUUGUGGUUUACAGCCACUGGAACGAGAGCCGACGCAAACGCUUCUACUGAGCUCUCAGCAGAUUGAAACCGCGACUAGAACUUCUGGAUUGGGCUCGAUGGGUUCACGAGCUCCCCAGUAUCGGUGCACACUGAGCAAAUGGGUUUGAUUUUGUGCACAAAAAAAGGACGGAUGAAAGACUUAGCCAUGAGAACAAAGGAGUUUUAAAUGCUAAGAGCAAAGCAACGUAGGAACCGGGAUUCAACCCCAAACCAGCAGGGCUUUAUAAGAUUGAAAGUAUUUCUCGUAUAAGACAGAUGUUUUAAGUAUAAAUAGGAAACGGCCUUGACUGUUUUUUUUUCCACUACAGCCCCGAUAUUUAUGAAACGAUAUUCUGAAUUGUUAUUUUGUUGUUGUUUUGUAUUAUAUGCCACGUUGAUAAGCAAAACAAUAUUGACAAAGGAAUUUGCCUUGUUGGCCAAUAUUAAUUCAAUCCAUAUGUUGUCAACAUGAUGCUGGAUUUUUAGAAAACUUGUAAGCAAAUAUGUCAUGUGACCACUAGGGGGUGCUAUGACAGUCAAAUAACUGUUUCUCAGAAAUGGCUGGUUUGAUUGGAAUUUUAUACAAGUGUGUUUUUAAGAAAAAACUUAAUCACUGGUAGAUUUAAGAUAUUUGACAAUUAUUUAUCCAAUUCUUUGUCCAGUUUUCACAAAUAUUGUAGGCUGAUAUACCUACAAGCUGCAGUUUAUUAACUAAAAAUGUUUGUUGGCAAAAUUUUCUAAAACGUUUCAUUAACUAUGAAAUCAGAUGAAAAAUUUGCAUCAUGACAUGAUUUUUAUUUAAAAUUGUUGGGGAAAAAAUAGGUAUCCUCUGUAAUGUGAAAUGGUUAUAAAAACCAAAAAAAAGGAGCAGAAAUAAUGUCUCGAAUAUUUCGUUCGAGCGUACAAAUAUAGCGUAGACGCCACCGAGUGAUUGAUGGGGGUGAUUGAUGAUGUACUGUUUGAAUUCUUAUAAACCUGUAAAUUUAAUGGCAAGCAAACAGAACCUUUUUCCUUGUCUGAUUAUAUGGGGUGCUGCCUUUACACCGGCAGUGUAUUGCAUGUAGUCUCACGUGUGUUCUUGUGUUGAAUGUUGAGUUUGGGAACUCUGCACUGACUGUAACUGACUGAAAACCUCAGACACGGAAGGAAAGCAUCAUUUAUUGUGUGGAACAGUAUUUUAUUAAUAAAAAAAAAGUUUUGUUUGAAUUUUUUUCUGUUACAGUUUUAUCAGAAGUGCUGCCUAAAUCAUUUUUAUUGACUAAAACUGUAUUCCCAUAAGAGAGUAAACUGGAGUAAAAUAAAAUCAGAAAACUGAA